AUGCCAGUUAUAACAACUUCUCAACUUGUAAAACUACAAUCUAAGCAAGAGAAUAUUAGAAAUCUUUGUAUUUUAGCUCAUGUAGACCAUGGUAAAACCACUUUAUCGGACUCACUUUUGUCUUCUAAUGGAAUAAUAUCCAAUAAGUUAGCAGGGAAGGUACGAUAUCUUGAUAGUAGAGAGGAUGAACAAGAAAGAGGAAUAACAAUGGAAGCUAGUGGUAUAUCAUUAUAUUUUAAUGUUUUGCGCGAAACUAAAGAAGGGGAAGAACUUUUAAAAAAACCUGAUGAAUAUUUAAUAAACCUUAUUGAUGCACCUGGACAUGUUGAUUUUUCAAGUGAAGUUUCCACGGCAUCAAGACUUUGCGAUGGUGCAUUAAUUCUUGUUGAUGUUGUUGAAGGUGUUUGUACACAGACACACACAGUACUCCGUCAAGUUUGGGUAGAAAAUGUUCGUUCAGUUUUAGUUUUGAAUAAAAUAGAUCGACUUAUUACUGAAUUGAAAUUAACACCAAUGGAGGCUUAUACCCAUCUAAAUAAAAUUCUCGAGCAAGUUAAUGCAAUAAUGGGUACACUCUUUGCUGGAGAUAUCAUGGAGAAAGAGACUAGAAGACAUGAAGCCGAAAAGGAAAAAUUAUCUCAACAAGAAAAAGAAAGUUCUCACAUAGAAUCAAACUCUACCGAAUUGACAUUUGAGGAUCGCGACGACUCGAGCAUUUAUUUUUCGCCAGAUUCAGGAAAUGUAAUAUUUUCUAGUGCAAUUGAUGGCUGGGCCUUUAGAAUCGAACAAUUCGCUCAAAUUUACGCUGAAAAGCUAGGUAUAAAGGAAAAUACACUUCAUAAAGUUCUUUGGGGUGAUUAUUAUCUUGACCCGAAAACAAAACGGCUCUUGCAACACAAACAUUUGAAAGGACGACAACUGGACCCUAUAUUUGUUCAACUUGUUUUGAAAAAUAUUUGGUCAAUAUACGACUCCGUAAUUGUUAACAACAACCAUGAAAAAAUAGGCAAAAUAGUCAAAUCUCUCAAUUUAAAAGUUUUACCAAGAGAUAUGCGGUCAAAAGACACACGUAUCUUAUUAACUUCUAUUUUUAAUCAAUGGCUUCCAUUAUCAAAAGCUCACCUUCCUUCACCAAUCGCUGCUCAAAAAGUACGCUUACCAAAAAUUUUAUAUCCAAAUACAAGUAUAUCAGCCCCACCUAAAAAUGAGAUUGAACAUUCAUUGUAUAAAUGUGAUUCUAAUGAUUCUGCACCUGCAAUUGCAUUUGUAUCUAAAAUGUUCGCAGUUCCUUCUGAACUAUUACCAGAAAACAGACGGAAACAUUUAACAGCUGAAGAACUGAGAGAAAGAAGAAAAGCUCAAAAGGAAGCAGAAUAUUGCUCUGAAGUAAUUAUUAAAAAUCUUUACUUGAUCAUGGGAAGAGAACUUGAAUCUCUCAAAGAAGUUCCUGCUGGUAAUGUGUUUGGAGUUGGAAAUCUUGAAGGACAUAUACUUAAGAAUGGCACAUUGAGUAGCACUAAAGAAUGUCAAAGUCUUGCCAGAGUCACAUUAGAGUCUGCACCCAUUGUAAGAGUUGCUCUUGAACCAGCAGAUCCAUGCCUCCAUUUACUCAACCAAGCGGAUCCCACUGUCCAAGUUUUAGUUCAAGAAACAGGUGAACAUGUGAUCCUAACAGCAGGUGAAGUACACCUUGAGCGUUGUUUAAGAGAUCUAAAAGAAAGAUUUGCAAAGAUUGAAAUACAUGUUUCUCCUCCUAUUGUUCCUUUUAGAGAAACUAUAGUUUUAACGUCAGAUCAUAACAAUCACCAUGGUGUUGUUAUAAUUUUCACCCCAAAUAAACAUUGCACCCUUAGAGUACGUGCUAUGCCAUUGCCUCCCAAUGUUACUACAUUUUUAAAUCAACAUUCCAAUACACUUAAAUCCUUUUUAAAUGAGCGUCAGCAGUACAAUAAAAUAGAAAAUCAUGAAGAUGAUGAGGAUACAAUAAAAGACCUGAGUGGUAAAAAGUCUGAUCACAUUUUAGAUAUCGAGGAAUUUUUUUCACUUUUAGAAGCUGAAUUUAAUAAAACAGAUAAAGAAAUUUGGAAAAAUGUUAUAGACCGUAUUUGGGCAUUUGGUCCUAAACGUAUUGGACCAAAUAUUUUAAUAAAUCAUAUUCCAAAUUAUACAAGAAGAUCAUGGCGGCAAAAUUUAAAGGAAUCUAAAAUUCCUGGCUCAACCUCAUCAACUUCAUCUGAAGCUACUAAGGAACAUAAUUUACAAGAACUUACUCUUCAAAAUUUUGAUGAAAGUAUUAAUACAGGGUUUCAAUUAGCAACAAAAGCUGGGCCACUUUGUUCAGAGCCAUUAAUGGGUGUAGCAUAUUUUUUGGAAGAUUUUAAAGUGGAAAUAGAUGGCGAUAAUGUCGACAUUUCAGAAUUACGCCAAAAAUUAAGCGGUCAAAUUAUAACAACAAUGAGAGAUGUUUGUCGACAAAGUUUCUUGGAAUGGUCGCCAAGAUUAAUGUUGGCUAUGUACUCUUGUGAUAUUCAAGUAACUACUGAGGCACUUGGUCGUGUAUAUGCAGUAAUAUCUCGACGUCGAGGGCAUAUUAUUUCUGAGGAACUUAAGGAAGGAACUCCUUUUUUCCAAAUUCGUGCUCUUUUACCUGUAGUAGAGAGUUUUGGACUUGCUGAUGAGAUAAGAAAAAGAACUUCAGGUGCAGCUAUUCCACAAUUAAUCUUUAGUGGGUUUGAGAUGUUAAAUGAAGAUCCAUUUUGGGUUCCAACUACAGAAGAAGAACUUGAAGACUUGGGAGAAAAAUCAGAUCGAGAAAAUUUAGCUAAAAAAUAUAUGGAGGGUGUAAGGAAACGCAAGGGUAUGUCAACUGAUAAAAAAAUUGUAGAGCAUGCGGAAAAACAAAGAACACUUAAAAAGAAAUAA